UAGUGUGAAAGGUGUAUCGGGAAAAUUAUUGGCAAUUCUAAAAAAAUGAUGAACACAAUUAUAUUUGUUUUGUAUUUGGUGAUUAAUGCUGUAAACCCUGCAGUUUCCUCUGUUCAAGAUGCACUCACAGAAGAAAUGGAAAUACAACGACAACUAAAUCCUAUCAAAACUAUUCAUACAAAGUAUGGAGAUAUUGUUGAUUGCAUGGAUAUGAACAAACAAUUAGUGUUUCAUCAUCCUUUACUAAAGAAUCACAAGUUACAGAAAAAACCUAGUUUUCGAAAACCAAUUGAAGAAACAGGUAUCAAGAAUUUACAAGAUAAACACCUCUUUGGACUUGAUAAAGACCAAUGUCCUAGAGGGACAGUUCCUAUUCGAAGAACAAUAAACAAAGAUAUUAUUCAAGAAAAAAUAUUAUCAAAUAGUAGUAUUUUAGUCAAAGAAGUUCCUGGUCUUCACAUUGCAGAAAUGGCCGUUUCUUCAAAAUUUGGUCCAUAUUAUGGAGUUAGAGGAAUAAACAGCAUUUAUAAUCCAAAAGUUAGUAAGGAUCAAAUGUCUCUUUCUCAUCUAUGGAUUCAAAAUGACGGUAAUGCCAAAAUCAGUCUUGGAUGGCAAGUUUCACCGGGAUUGUACGGUGAUGAUCGAACCCAUUUAUAUGCAUCAUGGACGAAUGACAAUUACUAUAAGACGGGAUGCUACAAUUAUCAAUGUCCAGGUUUUGUUCAGAUUCAUCGUAGAAUUUAUCUUGGUGCACCUUUUAUACAUUCAUCUUCUUAUGGUGGACAAAUUUAUGAUUUUAUCAUUGCCAUUAAUCAGGACCCAUUGACCAAAAACUGGUGGAUAAAUGUAAAAAAUUAUGAUAUCGGAUAUUUUCCUGCAAAAUUAUUCUCCAACAUGAAUUUGGCAACUAAAGUAGGGUGGGGUGGAAGAACAUUAACUCCUCAGGGUUCUCUUAGUCCUCCAAUGGGAUCUGGACAUUUUCCUGAUCUGAAUUAUGCUCAUGCAAGUUUUUUCAGAGAGAUCUCUUUUAGAAAUACAUCAAAGAGAAAUUCUGGGCCUGAACACUACCAAGUAGAAGAAUACAUUGAUAAACCUACUUGUUUUGGUUUUAGAUUCUACGGUGAUGUUCGUGAAAGUCUUCAUCAUUUUCUUCAAUUUGGAGGACCCGGCGGUAAUUGUGGACCUUGAUUAGUAUGAACUUUAAAAAAUAAAUAUAUAUUGUUAUUAAUUAUCAUUA